UUAAAAAUUGAGAAUGUUGGGCUCUGUGUAGUUAUUAUUCAAGACCUCGUGAUCUGUUCAAUUUAGGCUCCUCGGCGACAGAUGUAGCGCAGUAAGUAACCCGGAAAUAAGAAAAACAACAGUGAGCACAACAGAGUACUUGAAUCUUCUUACUGAAGCCAUGGAAAAGAGCGUUCAACAGGAUUUUGAGAACCAGUUCAAUGAUGUGGUCUCAAGACUGCAAUCAAAGCAGAUGUUUCAGUCAGACUGGGACAUUGCCUCCUUUGCGGUUUUCUUCAUCUUUAUAGGUAUGGUCCUCUUGCUGGUUAUCUUGGUUCUCAUCCGCUGCUGUUGCUGCUGUUGCUGUGAUGAAAAGCCAAGGAGACAGAAGGUGGGCAUCGACAACAUGGCAAUGGAGCCGUAAUCCUCCAGAAAUAUAGUCUCCACUACACACAAAUCAGCUACAACAUAAUAGAUCGUGUGAAUCUAAUUUAUUUAUAUAUAUAUAUAUAUAUAUAUAUAUAUAUCAAUUAUUAAUACUCAAACAGGGAAAUGAAAAGACUUUCUGAGGUAAAUGCUUCCUUAUAGGGAUGAUAAAAGCAAAAUAUUGAACUGAAGUUGCAACAUCCAUUACAGAUACCAGAAUUAGUACAAUAGAUGGGACAUGUUCUAUAAAAAAAGAAAUGCUUUCUCUUUUAAGACAUUUAUCUGGACUAGUUUGUAAUAAAAAUGACUUCUGACACAUGGGAUAUUUUCUGGCAUUCAAUGAAGAUGCUUUAUGAAAAUAUUUCAAGGAUUUGGAAUUUUCCUGGAUGGAGCAAACAAUCUCCAUUGACAUUUCACAUGUUUUUGUAGUUUUUAAAGAGUAGGCCUAUGUUUAAUCUGGUAAUCUGGAAAAUGACUGUGACAGCUGGUUAUCCCAGAUGCCAGUUAGCCUACACCUUAAACCUAAGAUUGAAGUAUUUUCAAUGGAUUUCUUUGACCUUUUUGAAUGGUUGACUGAUCUAUAAUUGUAAAAAACAGAACUUGAGCACUUUGAGAAGAAUUUUCAUGCUUUUGAUUAAACUAAAAAUGAAAAAAUAAUUUGAAUAGUUCACAUCACUGAUAAGACUUUUUAUAAAUUUUAAAUAGCAGAACAUGUUUGAAAUAAUGCUUUAUCUGAUCUAUUAUUUGGAAAAAGUUGUAUAAAGUUAACAAAUAAAAUUCUGAAAUGCUGGAA